AUGUCCUCAAGUAUCCCAGGUGGAGCUAAGACUCUCUCAAAGAGAAGAGCAAACAAGGAAAACAAGCUUAGACAGCAGAAGCUGAAUAAGCCAAACUCGUCACGUGCUGCGGGUGCCGGAGGCUCUUCCUCUAGUAUGCUAAAGAUCUACACAGAUGAAGCUGAUGGAUUCAAGAUCGACCCAUUGGUUGUUUUGAUAUUUGCUGUUGCAUUCAUCUUUUCCGUUGUUAUUCUACAUGUCAUCUCUAAACUUACCGGUAAGAUAUUCUGA